UGUUGCUUCAACAUCUGGGUUCUUCCACCAUGCUGUGUUAAAAUAGGUGAAUAAUAUUUGAUAUUCUUACAGAUCCAUAAGUGGAAACAGACACUUCUUUUUUUUAUUACGGGAACAUAGCUUCUCCUGAGGUGUGUCCCACAUUCGGGCACUGAAGAUGGGUGUGUGGGCCAGAGCAGCGGCUCUGUCUCUGUUGCUGCAACAGCUGGUGCUCACUAUCACAGCUCAAGGCAUUAUCUACGACCUGCUGGUGUCUCCAGACUGCCUGCCAGACCUGUUACAGGGAAGUCUGAAGAACAAAGGGCGAGAUGAGGCGUUCCUCCUCUCUUCCUUCAGCCUCCACAGCAAGGCCCCCACCUCGCUCUACAGUAUCAUCAACCCCAAAGACCUCACCAAGUACUUGGAGCUCAGCGUGCAGGCCAAACUCAACAAGGUGACCCUUCGUUACCAGAAGACUGACGGCAGAUUUGCCACAACCAGUUUCAACCACGCGUCCCUGGCAGACGGGCGGGAUCACCAUGUGAUGCUGCAUGCCAGAGGCCUUCAGGGCGGCACACCUAGCCUCAACAUUUAUGUGGACUGCAGACUGGCGCACACUUUGAAUGAUCUGCCAGCUGCCUUUGGGUCUCUCCCCCCCGGGCCCAACAAGGUGGCACUGAGAACCCUGCAGUCCAGAGGGCAGGAUGAACUGACAGACUUGAAGCUGGUGUUAGAGGACACCAUAGACAAUGUGGCGACUCUGCAGGACUGCAGUGUGGAUCAGCGAGAAACUUUGCAGCUGCUAAGUAUCCAGGGAGGCAGUACAACACACGACCAGGUCAGCAUGCUGGAGCUGAAGAGCAUGUUAUCUGACAUGAAGGUGCUGCUUAACCAGCAGAUUAAGGAGACAGCCUUUCUGAGGAACACCAUUACAGAGUGUCUUGCCUGUGGCCUCGGAGGCAACCCAAACACCAACACAGGUCCGACUCCUGCACCAUUUCUCAUGAAGCCUAAGUCCCCCCCUCAACCUCAACCUCAGCCUCAGCCUCAACCUCAACCUCAACCUCAACCUAAGCCUCAGCCCCCCCAGCCUCCUCAGCCGCAGACUCAGUGCCCACCUGGGACCUGUUUCAGACAGAACAUGUGCAUCCCAUCAGAGUCAGGGGGUUACCAGUGCGCCCUAUGUCCGGAAGGAUUUACAGGAGACGGGGUGCGCUGUGACGACGUAGACGAGUGCCAGUUUCAGCCAUGCUACCCGGGGGUCCGGUGCGUGAACACUGCUCCUGGUUUCCGCUGUGAGAAAUGUCCUCUGGGAUACAGCGGUCCGGAGAUAAAUGGAGUCGGAGAGUCUUAUGCUAAGUCCCACAAACAGGUGUGUGAGGAUAUAGAUGAGUGUCUGGGCCCGCCGCAGAAUGGAGGAUGCACUGCCAACUCGCACUGCCACAACACUAUAGGCUCCUUCCGCUGUGGAGAUUGUAAAACUGGCUUCACAGGAGACGAGAGGAGAGGCUGCCAGGCAACCAGGCUCUGCCCCAACGGGAAACCCAGCCCGUGUGACGCCACUGGAGAGUGUGUGGUGGAGAGAGAUGGCAGCAUCAGCUGUAGGUGUGGCGUUGGUUGGGCAGGUAAUGGCUAUGUGUGUGGAAAAGACACCGAUAUUGACGGGUAUCCAGACACUAAGCUCCCGUGCGGGGACAUCAACUGUAAGCAGGAUAACUGUGUGUUUGUGCCAAACUCUGGCCAAGAGGAUGCAGACAGUGACGGGAAGGGGGACUCCUGUGACGAGGACGCAGACAGUGAUGGUAUUCUUAACGAUGAUGACAACUGCUGGCUCGUUCAUAACGUGAAACAAAAGAACAGCGAUAAGGAUCUCCAUGGCGACGCCUGUGACAACUGCAAAACAGUUGAAAAUCCGUUACAGAGGGACACGGAUCAGGACGGGCUGGGGGACGAGUGUGAUGAUGAUAUGGACGGGGACGGCUUGAAGAAUAUCCUCGACAAUUGCCAGCAAGUCCCCAACACAGACCAGGAGGACAAAGACAACGAUGGGGUGGGAGAUGCCUGUGACAGCUGUCCUGAUAUGUUCAACCCUAACCAGUCUGACUCCGAUGAUGACCUCGUAGGAGAUACCUGUGAUGACAACGUAGACAGUGAUGGUGAUGGCCACCAGGACUCAAAAGACAACUGUCCCACAGUCAUCAACUCCUCUCAGCUGGACACCGACAAGGAUGGAAUGGGAGAUGAAUGUGAUGAUGACGACGAUAAUGACGGCAUCCUGGACGAUGACGACAACUGCAGACUUGUUCGCAACCCAGACCAACUGGACACAGAUGAAAACAAUGUCGGAGACGCAUGCGAAGGAGAUUUUGACCAAGACAACGUCAUUGACAUAAUCGACCACUGCCCAGAGAACGCAGAGGUCACGCUGACCGACUUCAGAGCCUAUCAGACCGUAGUGCUGGAUCCAGAGGGGGACUCUCAGAUCGACCCCAACUGGGUGGUCCUCAACCAGGGCAUGGAGAUCGUUCAGACAAUGAACUCUGACCCUGGCCUUGCUGUAGGAUACAAAGCGUUCAGUGGUGUUGACUUUGAGGGAACUUUCCACGUAAACACGAUGACUGAUGAUGACUACGCUGGCUUCAUCUUCGGCUACCAGGACUCCUCCUCCUUCUACGUGGUGAUGUGGAAACAGACCGAGCAAACGUACUGGCAGGCUGCGCCAUUCAGAGCCGUCGCUGACCCGGGAAUACAACUCAAGGUUGUGAAGUCAAAGACGGGUCCUGGUGAGUAUCUGAGGAACUCCUUGUGGCACACAGGAGACACCCCCGACCAGGUGCGCCUCCUGUGGAAGGACCCCAGGAACGUUGGCUGGAAGGACAAGGUCUCUUACCGCUGGUUCCUCCAGCACAGACCACAGGUCGGAUACAUCAGGGCUCGAUUCUUUGAGGGGCCAAAGCUGGUGGCGGACACCGAGGCGAUCAUUGACACCAGCAUGAGAGGAGGGAGACUGGGCGUGUUCUGCUUCUCUCAGGAAAACAUCAUCUGGUCCAACCUGAAGUACCGUUGCAAUGACACUAUUCCUGCUGACUACGAGGAUCUCAAUGCCCAGAACACAGAGUGAAGCGCAGAGAUCCAUCAGAUAAACUAUUAGAGCUGCACUGUUGAGAACAAAGAGGUAGUGAGGUAAAUAAAAAGUGAGAGGAAACAUGAUGGACUGGGUUGGUUAAAGAUUAUUUUAACGUGGUCAUUUGAGUGAGAGGGUCUUAGGAAAGCUUACAAAUUGGGCAUUAUAUAUGUAGCGGCCAAAAUCAUAUAGAACUAAAACAGAUAAUUAACUUAAAAUAAUACAGCCGUUGAGGCAC